ACUGCAUGUCCUCAGUGCCCAUAGUGCUUUGACCAUGCAGCAGGGUGAAUAGCAACAUCCUCAGAACAGAGAAUAUUGGGAGAUUGCAGAAAUCAUCACGGACUUCUAGACUGAGCUGGCAUACUCAGCUGCUGUUGAUUGAUGUACCUGCUGGAUCAAAGCCCCAUUCUCCUCUAUUGGAUGGAAUAUUUAUUGGUAGUCCUGGUGUCCUCUAUCCGGAUAUGGGUACGUUCCAGCUCAAUAGCAAGGGUGCUUGUGCAAGCAGGAUGGCAAACAAAGGUUUCUUGUUUUGACUGCAGGUUGUUAAAAUACUACUUUGGAGGUUGUGUCACGAUAUUGGAAUGUGAUUCAGUAGCAAAGACACAGAAGUGUUUUAAAGGGGUAUCAUGCAGAUCUCUGCAUGCUCAGGGUACAAGUGAAAGUCUGCAUGGCUCUGGGCUUGUACUCCAUACAUGUGCUGCAGAGACACAGUUCCUUCUAACUUCCUUUGCAGGUGGUUUCUAAAGUUCUUCAGCAUUUCUUUGGCUCCUCUGUGAGGUUUGUCCAGUCUUUCAUUCGCCUUGGAAAGCAGUAUCUGAAAAUGAGGUGCUGCAGGUAGCUGAGAACUUACCUGGACCGGAAUGAAAUCAUUCCAUGACGUCCAUGGGGGAUGGUGCUCCCAGGAAUAGAUUUACACUAAUAAUCAGAGAAAAGCCAAAGGGCCAAAGUGGAGCAAAAAUAGAUUCCUUGGCAAUACCAAGGGCAGUUAGUUAAUUACAAAAGAAAUGACUCUGCAAACUUCCAAAAUGAAAUUAGCAGAGGUUGUCAAGUGCCUUGAUCUGCUUGUGAUGUGUUGGGCAGCAGCUUUGUCUUCUGGUCUUCCUACAGAUAGAGAUAGCUGAGGUCUUGGACAAGAAAUCCACCAGCCAUGUAGGACAACUGCCUACAGUUGGGCUCACGUUCAGUGGGUUAAUAGGAGGCGUACAUGACUACAGCUGGCUAGGACAUUUAGAGAUGCUGAAAUCUUGUGUUCUGCUGGACUGGAGUGAAAAUCCCAAGAAAUGCUAUGUGCUGACAAACAAAAAGGAAAAAAAAUAGAAGUUUUUCUCAGUUGAAAUGUUUUGUUUGGACAUCUCCAUGAAAAAGCUGAGAAAGAAAAGAUAAAAAUUGAAAUGAAACUUUUCAGAAUUUAAUUAGAUAGCACAGAAAGUUAUUUUGAACAAAAAGCAAAUGUCUUUUUAGUAAAUGUUCAACCAGCAUGUUUUGAUUAUUUGGGGUUUUGUCCCCCCCAAUCUUUUUUUUUUUUUUUUUUUCUCCAUUGGCUCUGGAAAUUCAGUGACACCAAACCACUCCAAGUAGAAGGGUUCUGGUUUGGAUGAAUCCAAGUUUUUCAACAACAACAUGUUUUGUGAGAAAAUUCCCCGCUGCUUCUGUUCAUCAAUAAAUUUGAUGAGUUUAACCAGCCUCACGGCUGGCUGGGGACAAAGAGAUCCCCCACUUCAAGAAGUGGAUAAAUAACGUGGCACAAAGUCCUUCUCUGUUGACUCAGUUUACUUUGUGGUCCCGGGCAUGACUGUCAUAAUAAAUUAAAGUAUGAGCAGUCUCAUUUGUCACUUCACCACUUCCUUUUGCUGCCUUCCAACAUGUGGUAAACCCAUUAGUUUUAACACAGAGAAAAGCCCAGAUGAGGGGAGGAGCACAGUGCUACAAUUUAGGGGAGAGAGAGGAAAAGGGAAGACUCGUGGGGUGGCAUGAAGGCAUGGCGGGCACAGAUUGCACCUUUCUGGGGGCAGAGCCACAUUCAAGUCAUCGGGUCUAUCGUCUGUCUCUGGGGAGAAAAGGGAGGUGGUGGUUUUUCUGGGAUUCAGGGGUAGUCACCCUCAAAAUUCAUAGGGUGGUUAAAAACCGGAGCUACAGAAGCCUCCUCUCAGUCUCGCCCUGCCCCGGAUUUAGAGUCAUGCCCUGACUGUAAAGUGCGAGAUGUUCUUUGAUGUCUCUUCAGCAGUGCACGGCUCCUCUUCGCUGCUCCUCGCCAUCAUCUGCAGCAAUUUCCUAGAGCCAGAGGAGGGAUGUGUUUGGAGCAGGCCCCUUGCUGACAAGGUGUGAACAGAUUGAUGGCCGUCCCGUCCCACCUGGCGGCACAGGAAUACACGCAGCCUGAGCGGGCUGCCGGGAAUCCCCCUCCCAACCUGAGCCCUGCAGAAACAGGUUUUGGCUUUGAAUGAGAGCAGAGGUCACAUUCAGAAAGAGAGAAGGGUGUGUACAUGUGUGUAAGCGUGGUGGGAGCUCAGAAGAAUGUAAGUUUGGGAUCUGAAAGCAUCGCACUCCUGAACUAUGAUUAUUUAUUAUGCUGAUAGUGCCUAGAGGGCCCAGCCUCAUUGUGCUAAGGACUUCACAGGCACAGAAUGAAGAGACAGUCCCUGCCUGGAAGACGGAUGAGGAAAACCUCCCUACAGGGGCUGGGAACAGGUGUGGCAUCUAUCCAUCACGCUGAUGGAGUGUGUUUGCAAGAUGGGUAUGUGAGCGUGUGCGAGUGUAGGGGAGACAGCAGGAGAAGGAGAAAGUUGGAUGGUGAUUUUAAUCUCUCUGGCUCUAAAGAAGGGUUUUAUUUUUUCUUUUAACCUCACCUUUCUUCUCCAGUAGUGAUUAUCCACAGGUAAGAUAAGAAUUAUCAAAAAGUUUCAAUGAUUCUGCUGAAAAUCUGGAUGCUGAGACAUGUGCUUCAGUCAUUCCCUCUGUAUCUUUAAGCAAGUCACUUCAGACUUUUUUAAAUAGUAAUGAAGUACCUAACCCCUAUAAUAUCUCUUUAAAAAUCUGUCUUUUUCUUAUCUUUUAGUGCUUCAGUUUUACUAAGUUAUAGCAAAAAAAAAGAAAGGAAGUGAAUGAAGCAACAAGUUUUUUGCAUGAGCAGUGUAUUGAACGCCACCUGGUUUCCCCACGGACGCGUAGCCCAUGUCUGAUCACUCUGUGACACUUCUGUCCUUGAUGAGUCCUCCAUCACGCUGGGGCUGAGCAAAGCAUCAGACCAUGGCUGGGGAGGGAUCUGCAGCUCUGGCAGGUGACACGGGAGAAAUAGGAAAACAGGAGGGCUGAACACUGCUGUUUCCCUGCAUCUCCAGCCAGCAGCGGCUGUGGGCUUCUUCUGAGCUCGUGGACUUCCUCCUCCAAGGCACUUCCAGCAGCAGUUACCUAGAGGAAAGCACAAGGGCAGACUGAGCGUGUUUCUUCGGAUAGUUUUACAGCAUGCUGGUGGCCAGCAGGAUUGUUUGAAGGAGGAGAAACCUGCUUCAUGCAUCCCAUGUCCCUGCAUCUUCUGGAAGCUGGACAGGUUCCGCAGCUCUCGAUGCCCUCUCCAAGCAGGAGUCCUGGGCUGAUGGAAGUGGGCAGUGUCUUCUCCAGAAGCACCCAGCCAGCCCUGCGGAAGGUGUGUGUCUGUGAUCACGUGAGGGCUGCAGUGAUGCUCUCGUGUUUCAGAAGCUGAGCUACGUUUCAGAAAGGAGGGGAGCCAGCUAACAAAAGAAAUCCAGAGAAGAGCAAAAAGCGUUGUGUUUAUGAAGAACAAUUGAACAGGCCAGACAUCUCCAGCCUGUGAGGGAUACAGCAGAGGUCUAUAAAAUCAUGAGUGGCCUGGAAAAAAAUGAAUUGAUUGCUGCUCUUACCUGUUUCCAGAAAAAGCACUUUCAGAAGAAACCAAAGCUCCAGGAGCUCGUGUUCAAGAAGUGAAACGGAGCCAACAUCUGAUUAAGGCAGAUUCGGUCAGGUCAGGGAAAUGAGCUUCCCCAGGGACUUUCUACUGCUGCUGAAAGAGCUCAAGGUUUAAGACUCCUAUCUGCCCCACAGAAACAGAAAUGAUGGGAAUGUGGUUGCCACAGAUGAGAUGACCCAGCUACCUGGAAGAGAAACAACAGAGUCUCAGGAGAAUGUGGGCAGCAAGGGGUUUUCUUGAAGAUGCUCACAGCAGAGAACCCUCCAAGUAUGGAGUAAAAAGCCAGUUCUGUACUGUAAAGCAAUAGAUUCCAGCAGCCAAAGAGGGAAAAGAAAUGAUUGCCAACGUGCUUUCCCUCCAGCAAGCUGGAAAGUAAAUUUGAAACUGAGUGUGAACAGUAAGCAGCUCGUGUGUGCCUUCUUAGGACAUGCCAGCCCUGUCAGCAGUCAUGGCCUGGUCUUAGAAAUGAAACUUAUUUUGUUAGGCCCUGCCUUGGGUCACUGCCCAUGGCGGCCUGUCUCUUUUGCAUCGUGCCAUCUUCACUUGUGGGAGCAAUGGGCUUGGUUUUGGAUCUCGUUCUAACCACUGUUUAUGCAGCCACCUCCUUGUGCCAAACCAAGCUGGACUCCAAGGCCACGUCUGUGCUCUCUGGAACAGCACUGGUGCAAUCUUGAUUCCUGUCUGGUUGGUAUUGGCAGCUGGAUUAUCAAGAUGUCUUGAGAAAGUACUUCUGCAAGUAUUUUUCAUAUAAUCAGAGCUGUUAGCAGUGAAAUAUCUUCCCCAGAAAGGAUUCUCCUGAGCUGCACACCGUGACUGCUGCCUUGACAUUCUCCCAAGCUGACAUCCCGACCGGUAUGACACUGAUGCCUUUGGGCAGAAAUCAGAGCCGGUUUGCUACAUGCCUCCAUGUAGCCACGAUGCCUGUAGCGCCUCUGAGAGCCCCCAGUGCCCUGGUGGGGAAAUGGAGCGAGCACGUGGGCCCCAGAUGAACUCCAGGGAGAGAGCAGGCAUUUUCCGUGGUGAUCCUGCUACCCGUUUCCAGUUGUUGAGCUGGCUGGAAGAGAAGCCCUCCGACCGUCUGCUUUAUAUUCAGAUUUCAGAUUUGAGUCCUCACUUAAAGGCACAGCUGUCCCUUGACUUCAGCUAAUUGCCACGUUCCCUUGAAGGAGUGAUGCCUCUCCCAAGCUUCUGUGCUAGCAUCAAGAGAGAACUGAUCUAUGGGCUACUCAGUGGUUACUUACAUCAUUCUUGUGCUUCCAGCCACGUGACCUGACCGCAGGCUUUCAAAAGUUGCCAGCCAUCCAGCUGGACCAGAGGUACCACCACCCAUCUGCUGCACAGCCCCUCACUGCGAGAAGUCCUCCUCACAGAGCUCACUUUAAGAAACCACUCCAGGACUACUCCAGCAGUAGGAAGACCGAGGAGUGGAGUGGAUGAAUAUACCGAUGAGAGAUCCAGUGAUCCCUGGGACAAGCAUGGCUUAUCAUCCUUUUUUACCUCACCGGGCACCGGACUUUGCCAUGAGUGCCGUGCUGGGACAUCAGCCCCCCUUCUUCCCGGCCCUGGCUUUGCCCCCCAAUGGGGCGGCCGCCCUCUCCCUCCCCGGCGCCCUGGCUAAGCCCAUUAUGGAUCAGCUAGUGGGGGCUGCAGAGACUGCUAUCCCCUUUUCUUCCCUGGGCCACCAGGCAGCAGCCCAUCUGAGGCCUUUAAAAACUCUGGAGCCAGAGGAAGAAGUGGAAGACGACCCGAAAGUGCACCUGGAAGCCAAAGAGCUUUGGGAACAAUUCCAUAAAAGAGGCACGGAGAUGGUGAUCACCAAAUCGGGAAGGAGAAUGUUUCCUCCGUUUAAAGUGAGAUGCACUGGACUGGAUAAAAAGGCCAAGUACAUUUUAUUGAUGGAUAUUGUGGCGGCUGACGACUGUAGGUACAAAUUCCAUAAUUCCCGGUGGAUGGUAGCCGGCAAAGCUGACCCUGAAAUGCCAAAGAGAAUGUACAUCCACCCGGACAGCCCGGCCACCGGAGAACAAUGGAUGUCCAAAGUCGUCACCUUUCACAAGCUGAAGCUCACUAACAACAUCUCCGACAAGCACGGAUUUACCAUUUUAAACUCCAUGCACAAGUACCAGCCCCGCUUCCACAUCGUCCGAGCGAACGAUAUUCUCAAGCUUCCCUACAGCACGUUCCGGACCUACGUGUUCCCGGAGACUGAAUUCAUCGCAGUGACCGCAUACCAGAAUGAUAAGAUCACUCAAUUAAAAAUUGACAACAACCCCUUUGCCAAAGGUUUUCGCGACACUGGGAAUGGAAGGAGGGAAAAAAGGAAGCAGCUGACCCUGCAAUCCAUGCGGGUGUACGACGAGAGGCAGAAGAAAGAAAACCCCACUUCGGACGAAUCGUCCAACGAGCAGACAGCCUUCAAGUGCUUCGCGCAGUCCUCCUGCCCCGCCGUGCCCGCCGUCGGCACCUCCAGCCUCAAAGAUCUCUGUCCCAGCGAGGGUGACAGCGAUGCCGACAGCAAAGACGACCCUUUGCUAGAAGCCAGCGAGUCGGGCAAAAUCAGCACGACCACGGCCACCACCCCCGCGCCAGCCAGCUCCGGGGCGGCCGCGAGUGACGACCCUCGGGACAAAGGGGGCAGCCCUUCCAAAAGCCACUUCUUCCCCAGCGACUCGGCGACGAGCCGGAGCCGGGAGAGGACGGAAAAGGCCCCCCCGGACUCCAGGCACAGCCCGGCCACCAUCUCCUCCAGCAGCCGGGGGGGAGGCUUGAGCGGCGAGGAACUGAAAAGCCCCCUCCGGGACGGCCCUAAAGUAGACGAGAACCGGCUGCUGGGCAAAGAGCCCUUCGCCCCCCUCACGGUCCAGACCGACAGCACGGCGCACCUGAGCCAGGGACAUUUGCAGAACCUGGGGUUCCCCCCCGCCCUGGCCGGCCAGCAGUUCUUCAACCCGCUGGGGAGCGGGCAUCCGCUGCUGCUGCACCCCGGGCAGUUCGCUAUGGGGGGGGCUUUCUCCGGCAUGGCCGCGGGCAUGGGUCCGCUGCUCGCCACGGUGUCGGGGGCUUCCGCCGGCGGCUCGGGACUGGACAGCACGGUGAUGGCCACGGCGGCGGCCCAGGGACUCUCGGGGGCAUCCACAGCCGCUCUGCCCUUCCACCUGCAGCAGCACGUCCUGGCCUCUCAGGGCUUGGCCAUGUCCCCCUUCGGCAGCCUCUUCCCCUACCCCUACACCUACAUGGCGGCGGCGGCGGCGGCUUCCAGCGCGGCCUCCAAUUCUGUGCACCGGCAUCCCUUCCUCAACGCCGUGCGGCCCCGGCUCCGCUACAGCCCCUACCCGUUGCCCGUGCCCCUGCCCGACGGCAGCAGCCUCCUCACCACCGCAAUGCCCGGGGCCCUGGCCGCGACCUCCGGAGAGACCAAAGGCAGCGCUCUGGCCUCCAGUCCCGGCGCCGUGCCCCUGGACUCCGCCUCGGACCUCACCAGUCGCUCGUCCACGCUCUCCUCCGGCUCCGUAUCCCUGUCCCCAAAGCUGGGAGCCGACAAGGAGGCGGCCACCAGCGAACUGCAGAACAUCCAGCGCCUGGUCAGCGGCCUCGACCCCAAGCAGGACAGAUCUCGCAGUGGCUCCCCGUAGCCGCCAGCUCAUUUCAAACCAGUCUCGCAAUGCACUUUGUUUGAAAGAAACCACAUCCUCCAUCCCGCGAAGCCUUUCAGCCCCCAGCCCCCCCCCCCCCCCCCCUUCUCUCCCCUACCCCCUUUUUAUUUUAUUGUUUGUUUGUUUGUUUUUUAAUUUUUAAGUUUUAUUUUUAAUAUAAAUCACCCGGCGUCGUGUGGGCGCUGAUCAGCAAAAAGUGUCGAGCUGGAGGAGGGAGGGGGGGGGGUGGGGGGACGGGGGAGGGCCGGGCUGGGAGCCGGGCCGGGGGCUGCCGCACCGAGGGGACGCCGGAAUGCGUGUCCCACCACCCCCUUCUUUUCUUCACUCUUAAAAUAAAUAAAUAACUAAAUAAAUAGCGGGGGGAGGGGGGGGGGGAAGAAAAAAAAAAAGGAAAAAAAAAAGAAAAAAAGAAAAAGAAAAAAAAAACCGCCUGGAAACAAAAUAAAGCGAAGCAAAACACCGAACGGACGUAUAAAUAAAAGAAAGUAAGCAAAGAGAUUUUUUUUUUUCCUAAAGAAAACUGUAUAAGUAACUCUCACAUCGGCCAUUCGCCAGUUGUUUCCUGGGCGGGUUGGUAGCGACGGCCCUCUGCAUCGAUAUUAAGGGAAGCUGUGUGUUUAAAAUAUUAUCGUGAUGUCUGAGAGCCACUCGGUGGCUUUUUUUGCAUGUUCCGUAGUAGUCUGCUUUUUUAGGGGGGGGGGGGGCUAUGUUUUUAUUUCGUUGGGUUUUCGUUGUUUAUUUCUGAUGCUCGUUUCGAAUCCCAGGGACAAAAUAAUAAUAAUAAUAAUGAUAAUGAUAAUAAUAAUAAAAACGAAAAGAAGACCCUUUUCCCUCUUCCUUAAAGACCCUCCCCGUAGCAACAACAAUAAGAAGCGUAGCUGGAAAGAAAAAAAAAAAAGAAGUGGAUUUAUUUUAUCUAAAAACCUCUGUAGCUCGACUGUAGGUUUAUCACAGCUUUCCCUCUUUCAUUGUAUAUGCAAUAACAAGGUUUAAACGCUGAGGAGAAGAAAAAAAAGCGGACACUAUUAUUAAAGCAAAGUAUUUAUGUAAUUAUUUGAUAACUCUUGUAAAUACGUGGAAUAUGAAUACUCGAAAUUAAACUUUAAUUUAUUGACGUUGUACAUAUCUCUGUAAA